AUGCAGCCUCAUCACUCUCUCCCGGCGCGACCGCCGACUAGCACAUAUUCGGCACCGCCUUCAAGAUCAAACAACGCUGGCGCGCGCGCCCAAGGCAACUCGCCUAUGUCUGCUGGUUUUACACCGCGCUCUGUGGCAGCUCAUGCUCCUCCACAGGCGUUUGCUGCGCCAGCAAACUAUGCGCAAGCCCCAGUGAGCGCCCCCUACCAAGCACCCGCUUACCCGACCAGCAAUGCUUACAACAACUACUCGUACCCAGCCUAUGCAACGGGUGCCCCUACUACGACCUCAUACACAGCUGCCCCGACCGUGAACCGUGGGUUUGCUGGUACCUAUGAUCCCGAAGAAGAGGCUCGGAUCGCCGAGUGGAACAGCGCAUACAAUGCCGGCGAUGCGAACGCGAAGAAGAGCGGCGGCGCAAGCGUAGGCGCUCGACCGGAAGCAUCAGCCCCUCAGGAUGCCGAAGCAGCGGGACCGACAGCUGAUGGCAAGCGCAAGACUGUCGUCCGCGAGGGAGGUGGAAAGCAGUGGGAGGAUGAGACUCUACUUGAGUGGAAUCCGUUGCAUCCGCGACUGUUCAUCGGUAACCUCGCGGGUGAAGUCACCGAUGACUCGCUCCUCAAAGCAUUUGCAAAGUACCCCUCCUUAUCUAAAGCCCGCGUCGUGCGAGACAAGAAGUCCACCAAGAGUCGCAGUUACGGCUUCGUCAGCUUUUCAGACACCGACGAUUACUUCCGCGCUGCCAAAGAGAUGAACGGCAAGUACAUUGGCAGCCACCCAGUCCUCAUCAAGCGCGCCACAUCGGAGGUCAAGGCUGUCACAAAGAAGGACGACAGACACAAGCAAGGAAAGAACAAGAACAACAAGGAUAACAAGAACAAGUCUGGCAACGGCAAUAACAGUACUCCCGCGGUAGUAGCAUCUCCUGCCAUGUUCAUUCCCCGUGGCGUCCAGAAGAAGGGCAAGUCGAACGGUCCAAGGGUGUUGGGUUGAAACCUAGUGUGGUUAGUGACGACAUUAACACGGCAACUCGAUGGAUUAUCCAGAUAUGUGCAAUGGCCCUCCACCACAGGGUAUUUCGAAUGCGUUCAAGGUUAGUCUUGCGAUUGGUCUUCAUCGUUUUAUGUUUCAAGAAUAUAUUCCCAUCUUUUAGAGUUUGAGUCUCUGUUGUUUCUUGUCUAGCGUUAAAUGGAGUUUCAGCAGUGCCAAGCACGAGCAAUAUGAGGAUCGCUUCCGUCGUUGAGGCAGAACGCAAAUUCGCGCGUUGAUACGUAUAUGAGCAGUUGACGGCGUGAGGAAGAAAACAUUUAAUGCACUUGUACGUCCAAGUUGAAGGAGGGAAAUCGUGGCAGAAGAAGAUGAACCAGACAGAAAGCAAAUGGAUCAUAUGAACCCACGAAUAUUGCAAGUCUCCGGCAAUAUGCCAGUCACAUUUCCUGAUGUCCUUCG